AUGAAUUUCCAAACGGAACCAGACAUCAUACCCACCUAUGAAUCCGAACCACGCAUCAUCUGGAUCGGGGAUGCUGAAACCUUAUACACUCUCCUCGACGAUCUUGAUGAUAUCCCAAAAUUUAAACCACGCCUCUUCAUCACCCUUGAGGGGAAUUAUAUCGGACAUGAAAGCAGAAUCUCCAUUAUGCAGAUCUACAACGCCAUGUCCCAUCGCGUCUACCUCAUAGAUGUAUACUGGCUCAGCGCCAUAACAUUCUGGCGGGUCAAUAGGCGCAUGACUUUUCUCAAGGGUGUUUUAGAGUCCGAGGAUAUCAUCAAGGUUUUUUUCGACGUGAAGAAGUACUCCGAUGUACUGUACAGCCAGUUCAAGAUCAGGCUUGCCGGGGUUCACGAUCUUCAGCUCAUGGAGCUGGCGACUAGUGGGAAUCCUCACAGGCUCAGUGAUAUUGACAGCUGUUUCUGGAAAGAUGCCUCUUGGCGGUCGGAGAAUGGGUGGUUGUUUUGGGAUCUUCGAGGAGCCGUUCCUUCAUGGUGCUCUCAUCGGAUACGCUCUCGAUGCGUUCAGAUCUUCCCUACGCUGCAUUCUUGUUACGACGAAAAGCUACGGGCUCAACCUGGGCAGCGCGAAAGCAUGAUUGCUGCUUCGAAAAGUAUAAUUGAGCUGUCGCAGGGCAUGAUCUGUGCCACGGAGGAAUCGGAUCGGGCUCUUAUGCGUCGUGAUGUUGACUGA